UUUGAUUUCGUUUUAUUUUUUUUUUUUUAUAAUUUCUUUUACGCAAGAAUUUGUAAACACGUUCAGCUACAUUAACAAACAUGAAUUGGUCAAUAUUAUCGAGUGUGAUUGUUAUAAUCGGUGUGUUCACAGUUGUUCUAGUUGAAUGUCGAUGGUAUCAAAGUGGAUUGGUUUUCUACGAUAUCGCAACCAAACAAAUGAUUCUUCCACCCACCGUUUCGAUUCAUCGGGCGCGUAGUUUACUUAUGCCAAAUAUACCAAUUUUUUCAACACUGGGAAAACCGUGCACUUGCCAAGGAUUAAAGUGCGGUUGCUGUGCGGGGCUUGAAGUUCGAGAAUACAAUUUUAAUCAGAAAAUGUGCGCUAAUGUGACUUACGUUCCAGAACAGGAAGAAGCCUUACUCGAUGUAUUUCUUAACGAGAAGAGCAGAGCCAGAUAUGGUGUUUCAGCUCGUAAUCCAUCACCCAUAUGUGUUCCGAUCAUGAUGCCAAUUCCCAUGGCAGCGUGCAUUCAAAUGACACAAGUUGGCCUCAAAGGUGAUAAUUUACACAUGUGCAUGGAUUUUGUGAUGAGAUUGCACACAACUGACGCCAUGGAGCUUCAUUUCAAUUGCCUGUCAAUGGGAUUAGAUGGAUUUCAAUAUCUGGAUCCAAACGGAAAUCCAGUUCUUCCUCGUAUUGAAGAAACAGAAGACGACAAAGAAAACAAUAUUGAUGAUGACGAGUACUAUGACACUACGGAAGAAAGUCAGGAAAAUUAUUCUUCAGAAGUGACAGAAAAUAAUGAAGAAGAAAGUGAUGAUGAUAGUCAAAACAAGGUCAUUGAGGACAAUGAAAUAGAUACUGAGUAUUAUGAAGAUACAGAUGAUAUUGCCAAUAAUGAAAUUGAGAAUUAUUCCAUGGAACAAGAUCAUCAAGAAAAAGAAAACAACAAAGUGGAGACGACAACACUGAAAGACCGCCAUAAGGAUAAUCUAAUCAUAGUUUACGAGACUGUGUAAUAGUUUUAAGGACUUGUUGUAUAGUUUCAUAGUUUGGUAGGUUUAAGUAAUUUAUUUUAUUUAUAUGUAAAUAGUUGUUAUUUAUUUAUAACAUUUAAUUUAAAAAAGAGCUUUCUUUAUACCCAAUAAAAUUCUUGGUUAUGAAAGAUUUUCAUUUUUCUUCAUAGAAAUCGAUUAAGGAGGUGUUUAUGUA